AUGAAAUUUUCUUUAGCUUUAUUAACUGCUACUAUUGCUACUAUUGUUGCUUCUGCUCCUACUCAAUAUUCUGGUCAAACUAUUGAUGGUGAUCAAGUUGUUGAAAUCCCAGACUCAGCUGUUGAAGCCUAUUUCCCAAUUGAUGAUGAAUUAACUCCAGUUUUUGGAGAAAUUGAUAAUAAACCAGUUAUUUUAAUUGUUAAUGGUACUACUCUUACUUCUGGUGCUUACAAUGAAAAAAGAGAUGCUAACGCUGAUGCCAGAUUUAGACUUACUAACUUUGGAUACUUUGAACCAGGUAAAAGAGAUGCCAACGCUGAUGCCAAAUUUAAACUUACUAACUUUGGAUACUUUGAACCAGGUAAAAGAGAUGCCAACGCUGAUGCCAAAUUUAAACUUACUAACUUUGGAUACUUUGAACCAGGUAAAAGAGAUGCUAAUGCUGAAGCAGGUUUCAGACUUACUAAUUUUGGUUAUUUUGAACCCGGAAAAUAA